AAACAAUUUAACAAACCAGAAUAUGGAAAUCAUUAUUUAUUUUGUAUAAUUCUUAAACAUAAGAAACACCCAACAACCUUAUUUGGGUUUGGGAGACGUAGCUUCAAACCUGCACUUCAACAUAAAUAUCUGGAACAGUUGAAUCGUUAAAAAACAAUGUUUUAUUUUUCACAAUAAAUUUUUUGAGUUGGGGCAAUUUUACUGGGCCGGGCGGGUUACGUCAAACCAACUAUAUAUUUGUUUUGGCCUGACUAGGUAAGCACAACUUUGUGUACCAUUUGCUCUUAUCAUUUUUACAGGUGUUCAAUAUGUAUGUAAUUUGCUGUAAUUGUUCAUGAAAGGUAUUUUCGCAGAUUUGCUGUAAUUAUUUUGAGUGGUAUAUUUGCUAUUGUAGUGGGACUAGACUGGGUUGAUCAUUGAUGACCAGGCCCCGCUUGCACAAAACAUCUCAAACUGAGCAAAAUCUCAAACUCAAAUCGAUCUCAAAUCCUUGAGAUUUUUCUCGCUUGAGAUUUUCUCAAAUAUGGCUUUCACGAAAAAUCUCAACUCAGUUUGAGUCCGGUCUCAGCUGAGACGGCUAUUUUUGAAAGUGAAAGUAGAUCUUUUGUAAUGGAGGUGAAAAAGACAUGUCGCGCUAUUUUUCGUAUCACUAUUUUUCCCGUACUCCUCUCAACUGACGUCUGCAGUUGUCGUCUGCACUUGUGGUAGUAAUAAUGGCAACAAAAAGAGCCAUGAAUUGGACAGAGAAGGAGAAGGUGGUCCUGGUGGAGGAAGUUGUUAAAAGGGAAGAUAUCUUAUUCGGCAAGUUCCGUGGGUCCGUAGUGACCCAUGAGACAAAACAGGCUGCAUGGGAUGCGGUGACAUUCAGUGUUAAUGCCAUUGCUCAAAUCCAGAAAUCCACUGACCAAGUAAGGAAGCAGUAUUCUAAUAUUAAGCAGAGAGCCAAAGAGACAGUGGACCACAUGAGAAAGACUGGUGGUGGUCCUAAAACAGAGGCCACUGCAAGUCAGUCACUGCUUCUGGAAAACAUUGGCUCAAGACCGGAAGUGGUGGGCCUUCCUGUCAACUUUGACACUGAAGAUUCCAAUUAUAACUUUCAACUGUCUGAAGUGGACCAGGAUCCAGAGGAAACCUGUGUCUUAUCUGUGGUUUCUGAUGACACAUCUGGACCUUCUACUUUCAGCAGCAAAAUGAAUAACCAACAUGGGAUUAAAAGGAAGAACCUGGCUCAGGGUUUCAGGGACCUAGAAACGGAAAACAUCAAGCUUGAGAACGUCAGAGUGAAAGAGGAAACAAAGAAAAUAUUGUUAGAACAAGAAAAACUGAAGCUUGAAAUAGAGGUACUGAAAUUAAAAAGGAAUUACUACUCUUCCGGAGCAAGUAAGCUAUGUGGUCCAACAUUACUUUAUGAAUCCUAAAUUAUAAUUCAUUUUUGUUUUCAUUAAUUCAUAACUUCAUUUAAAAUUACAUAUCAGUAGGAUAAAUAUAUGGCUAAUUAUGUAUUGAAUUGAUAUUGGUUAGGGCCCCAUAGAAAAUGUCAGUGUCUUAAUUACUUUGUAUGCCUGUCUAAAAUUUUGAUUAUUAUCAUAGAGUUAUACUGAAAAAAUAUCAUUACAUGUAUGUGAGUACUUGCAUCAGAUGUUUACAUAUUCUUGUAUGUAUCAAUGACUUUAAUGGAAUUUACAUCUCAUGUAUAUCAAUAUAUCUUUGAAAUUGUUGGAUCUGUAUGAUGCAGCUAGCUAUGUCUAUAAAAUAGUUCAAUUAUGACUGAUGAAAGUUAUCUUUUUUAUAGGUUAAUUAAUUACAAACUUUAUACAACUUACAAUUAACCCAACCCUGUUCUGGAUAUGUCAGUAUUCUAAUUAUGUGUGUAUUGAAAGAAUUCAUCAACGGAAAUUAUUGACAGAUGUGGUUUCUCACUCCUGCACCACCAGCAUCAGGACCAACAUAGUUUAAUUGAUUUCCAACUUCAUUAUAAUUAUUUUGAUGUUCACAAUUCAACACUUCCUUCUUUUCUUGUGCUUUGUUGUGUAAUACUACACAGGCCAUAAUUAUCCCUGCUGCCUUGGUUGGUGCCACUCUCAACCCAACUGAAAGACAAGCAAACCUUCUCUUUAAUAUGCCAAAUGUCUGCUCAAUAGUUGUUCUGGUCCUUCACAGGGAGUUAUUGAACCUCUGCUGCUCAUUGGUGCUGGGGUUGAUGAAAGGUGUCAUUAAGAAAUGUCUACAGGGAUACCCUGAAUCUCCCAACAGGAGCCCAUCAUAUGUUCCUGAAAGCAAAAUGUACAAAGCUGGGUCAGAAUUUGUAGUUGAUCGUGGCAUCUUUUUAUUUUUUUAAAGAUGUUAUUCUACUUUAAUAAUACAAAAUAAUAUAAAAAAUUCAAUUUCCAACGUUUUAUGCCAUAUAUGUCAUUGAAUAUAAUAAAAAAAGAAUUAUUUUUUUAAAAACUUGUUAAGGUUAAAAUGUGUUCUCUGGGACUGAGUCAUUAAUGUACAUGCCCCUAAAUGUUAUACCACUCUAGCCCGCCACCUAUUGGUCAGGAGUUUGAAACCCACAUAUAUAGUGCAAUUGAUUGCCAGGUACUGACAAGGUUGAUGGUUUUUCUCUGGGUAUCCACCACCAAACCUGGCACAAACCGGUAUGCUUAAAUAACCCUGGCUGUUUUUAAAUAGGACAUAAAACUGAAAUACAUUCUUGAAGUGUAAUUGAAUACACUACAUCAUGUCUAUAUUAAGCAAGGACUUCAUCCAUAAUAUGAUAUGUAUUUCAACACUGACCAUUCUCAAAACUUCUGCAUAACUGACUGUCCCUAAAAAUCCGAGAAUCAUGUACUGAUCCAGGCCACUUUGCAACACAGCUAGUUAUUAGAAACUCAGCAUUGCAUGUCAUCUGCAAUAAAAAUGAAGCAGUUGUUUUAAAAUAUAACAUUGUGACAUCUAUAUUUGUGUUUCAUAAACAAUUUGCUGAAUGUUUUCCAUUUUAACAAAUUGUGGUUGCAUGUUCAAGAUGAUGUUAGUACAUCAUGAUUCGACAACAGACAUAUAUUCUUUAUCAGUCUUCUAAAUGUUUUACAUAUUGUAUUCAGAUGUGGCAGGAUUUAAAUUAUAUAUCUAUUAUUGCUUGACAACAUUGUAUGUGACAUGUCAUGACUCCUAUUGAAGCUACAGAUAGUAUGCAUAGUCUUUGUAGAUAAAGAGAGAGAGAAUACAUAUUUAGGCCUAUCUUGAAAUGUAUAAGCUUUAAUGAAAAGGAACUAAAAGGACAAAUUUGUAUACCUGUGUGUGUGUUUAUAUUAGGGGUAUACAAUGUAUAUUACUUUCUGCAAAUAUGGUACAUGUGCCUGGUAUAUCCUUGUAAAGGUGUCAGAGUUAAUUAGGGAAAUUACUAUUAGUUAAAGAAAUUUGCAUGGGAUAAUUGUAAUUAAUGACUUAUUCACAAAUCAACAAACUAAUUAAUGUCACAUGAUUUGUACCUGGACAUUCAGUGAAUGAAAGCCUUUGCGGUUCACAAAAUCCUUCUCAUUUUCUGUGGGUCCUUGAAUUCUUAUAUGUGUACAAUCCAAACACCCAACAACAUUGGGGAACCCUGUAAUUAAAUCAUUUUAUUUUCAUUUGUAAUGUUAUUUUAUUUGAAAAGUACAUGCAUAUUAUUGUUUCUCAAGUCACUGCAGGAUAUAUAUAUUCAUCUACAUGUAUUACAUUUUUUGUAUAUAUAUAAAAUCAAUCUACAUGUACAUGUGUAAGCUUCGGGGGGGGGGGGGGGGGUGCAUAUGGGGUUUUAGUGAAUGACUGAAUGUAAAAAGUACUGAACAUUAUUUUUAUUACAUAUAUAUAUGAGAGUUGUCUUUGUGCAUUAAUACUUAAUGCAUAUCUCAUUCAAUUCAAUCUUAACCAUGCAGCAUUCCUUACAUUUUGAAAAAAAGAGAAAUUGGAAAGAACUUAAGAAACCCAUAUUUACACAAAAUAGUUGCUAAUAAUGAACGUACAUGUACAAUAAGUUUGUUUUCACCUUUAGAAAUUCAUUGAAUGAGUUUAAUUUAGUUAUAAUUAUAUUUUUUCCACAAGAACAGUAAAAUUAUUGAUUAAUUCAGUUUUUUUAUUUACAGUAUUUGGUGUGUUUUUCGUGUGGCUUUUACAUGAAUGUAUAUUUAGAUUAUAUUUAUUUAUAUCUUAAUUUAUUAAAACCAAACAUAGUAUUAGUAAUUUGAAAAGGCUAUUAUUAUAUCAAUAUCAUGAUUAAAGAGUGGUACAUGUGUAUGUGUGUGCGUUUUGUGUCUUAAAUUUGUAAUAUUGAUAUGUAUAACGUUUCAAUCUUAAAAACAUCCUCGUUAAAUGAAAUAAUGAUAAAUGAUAAAUGUGUAUCAAAGGGAGGUGUGUGCAAGGCUACAUUGAUAUUUAGGAACAUUAAUUAAUAAUAAUGAUGUUGUUGAAUAAAUUAUUUUUAUUUGAUUUAAA